AUGGAGGACGUUUCACAGGAUCUGUUUGGUCCACUAACUGAGACGUACAGUGCAGACCUUCAACAAGGCUCAGAAACUCCAGAUCUCAUGCAGCAGGACUUCCAGCCUGACAUCAGUUUACCUCCGCCGAUGCUCCCCUCCUGUCACCACGCAGACCCUCAGGGAAGCACCAUGCUUCCUCACAUGCAGUUCCUCCAGUCGCUGUGCGCCCUGCACCGCGUGGGAGGAAGUGACAAAAGCCUUCAGUCGCUGUGGCUCGGCCCCGACGGGGACGCAGGGUCGGUGUUGGCGGACACCGUGUGCCAGCUUCUCGACUCAGUGGUGGCGGCGAGCAGGGAUCCCCCCCCGCUGGGACCUUGCGACCUCGUCCUGAAGGCCUGCCAAGUCGCGGCUCGAGCAAUGGACCUCUUCUGCUCUCAGAGGCUGCCAUCUGCGGAGUUCAGGACACAUGUGGAGGAGUCACUGAGGGAGCUGACUGGGAUGCUGCUGCACAGUAAUCAGCCCAGCAGGCUCCAGGCCACAGAGAUGCUGACAGAGUGUCUGAUCACGCUGGGGAGCAGCAGCAUGUCAAAGUCCCUUCUCAUUCGUCACAUCCUGUCUCAGAUCAGCGCUCUGGCCGAUCAGCUCUGGCAGGCCUUCCAGGAUCAGAAGAGCUCAGGACUGGACAAGUUUCCUCUGGACCAGUAUCAGAACUCGUGCCACCUGUUCUGGAUCGUGGAGGAGGUGCUGCAGAAAUCAAAGGUACCGUGCAGGGUGGAGGUUGGGUCGGAGCAGACGGGCUUCUUGAGACACUUGGAACGGCACGUCUACCUAUUGUCAGAUGAGUUUCCCUUGUUUUCCAUCUACAUGUGGAGGAUAGGAAGUCUCCUCACGACCUCGGAGAGAUAA